AUGGCAGUGAGAGGACCGGACGAAUGGUUAGAAACCAUAAAGAAAUGUCAGGCUUUGACCGAGAACGAGAUGAAACAGCUGUGUGAGAUGGUGAAGGAGCUGUUGAUGGAAGAGAGUAAUAUUCAACCCGUGCAGACUCCAGUGACUGUUUGCGGUGAUAUUCAUGGACAAUUUCAUGAUUUGCUGGAACUAUUUAGAACUUCCGGUGGGUUUCCCGAUGAGAUUAAUUAUAUCUUUUUGGGGGAUUACGUUGAUAGAGGGUAUUACAGUUUGGAGACUUUCACGUUAUUGAUGUGUUUGAAAGUCAAAUAUCCAUCCAAGAUUACCUUGGUGAGAGGGAACCAUGAAUCGAGACAAAUUACACAAGUGUAUGGGUUCUAUGAGGAAUGUUUGAACAAAUACGGGUCCACCACAGUAUGGAAAUAUUGUUGUCAAGUUUUCGAUUUUUUAACUUUGGCUGCUAUAAUUGAUGGGAAAAUAUUAUGUGUUCACGGUGGGUUAUCUCCAGAAAUUAGAAUGCUGGAUCAAAUCAGAGUUUUAUCAAGGGCUCAAGAAGUGCCUCAUGAAGGUGGGUUUUCAGAUCUGUUGUGGAGUGAUCCAGAUAAUGUGGAAGCAUGGCAAGUAUCCCCUCGUGGUGCAGGUUGGUUAUUUGGUAGUAAAGUUGCCAGGGAAUUUAAUCAUGUUAACGGGUUGAACUUAAUAGCAAGAGCACAUCAAUUGGUCAUGGAGGGUUUCAAAUACCAUUUCCCUCAAAAGGACGUGGUGACCGUGUGGUCCGCUCCCAAUUACUGUUAUAGAUGUGGGAACGUUGCUAGUGUAAUGAAAGUGGAUGAAGAAUUGGAACCCACAUUUAAGAUAUUCUCUGCAGUACCGGAUGAUUAUAUUCAAGAAGCUGCUGUGAGUCAUAACAAUCAAAGAGCAGGUUAUUUCUUAUGA